AAUGCACUUUGGAUUUUAUAGUGUCACAUAAGGUUAUACCAAGGUAUUUUUUAGUUCAUUAUUCAUUAAAUUCAUAAUACAUAAGUUGUAUUUGGUAAUCAGAAUUACUGAAAUAACAUCAUAAUACUAAAUUUAUUUUGUAAUAAACCAUCAUGUUCAAGUUCAAAAUAGGAAAGAUUUUUAAGAAAAGUACCACGCGAUGCAUAUCAACAACUUCAAUUUUGAAGGAUGUGUUCAUUGUGAGUGCGACAAGAACUCCAAUAGGGUCUUUUGGUGGAUCAUUGAAGAGUUUAUCUGCUACAAAAUUAGGUGCUAUAGCUAUUCAAUCUGCUGUUGAACGAUCUGGCAUUUCUAAAGAUAAAAUUCAAGAGGUUUUUAUGGGUAACGUAUGCCAGGGUGGUGUUGGGCAAGCACCUGCUAGACAAGCUACCAUAUUUGCUGGAUUACCUAAAUCAACUAUAUGUACAACUAUAAAUAAAGUUUGUGCUUCUGGAAUGAAAUCUAUUAUGCUGGCGUCUCAAAGUCUUAUAUGUGACCAUCAACAAAUAGUAAUUGCUGGUGGCAUGGAAUCUAUGUCUAAUGUGCCAUUUUAUUUAGCCAGAGGAGAUACAAAAUAUGGUGGUGUGAAUUUAUCUGAUGGAAUUGUUUUUGAUGGUUUAACCGAUGUCUAUAAUAAAAUUCAUAUGGGAAGUUGUGCUGAAAAUACAGCUAAACAGUUAGGCAUUAGUAGAAUACAACAAGAUGAUUUUGCCAUAAGUAGUUACAAGAAAAGUGCUGAUUCAUGGAAACAAGGAAUUUUUACUCAAGAAAUAGUUCCAGUUAAUGUCCCACAAAAAAAAGAUAAACCUGAUAUUGUUGUGUUGGAAGAUGAAGAAUUUAAAAGAGUGGAUUUUGAUAAGUUUAAAAAAUUGAAUACAGUGUUUCAAAAAGAAAAUGGAACAGUUACUGCUGGAAAUGCAUCGACAAUUAAUGAUGGUGCUGCAGCUGUAGUGUUGACGAAUGAAAAAAUUGUCAAAGAAUUAAAUUUGAAACCUUUAGCUCGAAUAAUUGCAUUUCAAGAUGGUGCUACUGACCCUAUUGAUUUUCCUAUUGCACCAGCAUUUGCAAUCCCUAAAUUAUUAAGUAAAAGUGGCUUAUCCAAAGAUGAGAUAGCAUUGUGGGAAAUAAAUGAAGCAUUCAGUGUAGUUGUUUUAGCUAAUAUAAUGAAAUUGGAUCUUGAUCCAUCCAAAGUCAAUGUACAUGGUGGUGCUGUUAGCUUAGGCCAUCCCAUUGGUAUGUCUGGUGCCAGGCUUGUAGUUCACUUGGCUCAUGCAUUGAAAUCAGGACAAAAAGGUGUAGCUUCUAUUUGCAAUGGUGGAGGUGGAGCAUCAUCAAUUCUUAUUGAACGUUUAUAAUUUUUGUUUAUAUAAUUUUUAAUAAACACCACUAUUUCACUUUAAGUUCACAAAUAUUAUAUUAUUAUGAAUAUAGUGAAAUAGUGAGUAAAGACUGCAAU